GCAAGCGGAUGGUGAUCAAUCACCUGAUGUCGCAGAUAUUGACAUGAUGGAUUUCCUGAAUUUGGAUGGCGAUGGAGAAGGUGACUCCCCCAGAAAGGACAGCACAAAAGGGGAGCGGCAGCCUUCUGUCGAUGCUGAUGUGGAUCAGUUUGCCAUGGAUGUAGAUUUGGAAGGACUGCCAUCUGUGCAAGAUCAAGGGAAAGAAAAGCAGUCUGCUGCUAUGGAUGUCGAUAUAACAGGAAUACCACCUGUGGAAGAUGAAAGGCAGUCUUCUCCAGACCUAAGCACGUUAGUCCCAGUUGACUUCAAUGUUGCAAGCCUGGAGAAAUUUUGCAAUGAAGCGUCAAGAUCAUUCUUCAGUGAGACUGGACUGGUUAGCCACCAGAUAAAUUCGUAUAACGAUUUUGUCUCUCAUGGGCUCCAGGAUCUCCUUGAUUCUUUUGGGGAAGUUACUGUAGAGCCUGAUUAUGACCCUUCAAAUAAACCUUCAAAUAAAGAUGGUGCUUGGAAACAUGCAACUAUCAAAUUUGGUAAAGUUAAACUUGAGGAGCCAGUGUUCAGGGUUGAAAACAGUGAUCUUGAAGUGCAAGAUCUCAAGUUGAAGCCUAGACAUGCUCUCCUCCAGAAGAUGACAUAUUCAUCCAGGAUGAAUGUAGAAAUAACUGUUCAGGUUUAUACAGUCGACAAAAUUGAUAAAGCCAAAACUGGUAAUGCUAUGCAUGUUUCUAGAAGAGAUAUAAUGAAAGAAACUAAACAGGUCAGCAUUGGAAUGUUACCCGUCAUGGUGAAGUCAAAUUUGUGCUGGCUGCAUAAACUUCAGGAAAGUGAGUGCCAGUUUGAUUCUGGUGGCUACUUUUUGAUCAAAGGGACGGAAAAGGUAUUCAUUGCUGAAGAGCAGAGAUGUUUAUCCAGGAUUUGGAUCUCAGAUCGACCCAGCUUGGAUGCAAGUUACCUGAGUGUAAUCAAACGAGAAAAGAUCCAUGUAAAACUUGUUCAGUCUAAAAGGAAUGAAAACCGCAAAGUCAUCAACAUUUCCUUUCUGGGUGCGGUUAUGCCAAUCUGGGUAGUGUUUUUUGCACUAGGUGUGUCAUCAGAUAAGGAAGCUUUUGAUAUGAUUGAUAUACAGGACUGUGAUGCUUCUUUGCUCAACAUAAUAUCAUCAACUGUGAAAGAAUCUCAUGAUGAAUGUGAAGGCUUUCGCGCUCCCGGUAGAGCUCGUCAGUAUGUUGACAAGCUGAUCAGAAAAACAAAGUUUCCACCAGAAGAAUCCUUUGAUGAAUAUGUUUCCAAGUAUAUGUUUCCUGAUGUCAAAGGGACUAGGAGCAAGGCAAUUUUCUUGGGCUACAUGGUCAAAUGCCUGCUAAUGGCUUACUCUGGCAAUCGAAAAUGUGAUAAUAAGGAUGAUUUCCGUAACAAGAGGCUAGAUCUUGCCUGCCAGUUGCUUCGGAGAGAACUCUGGUUGCAUAUUAAUUCUAUACAAAGACGCAUGGUUAAGCUCAUGCAGAGAGAUUUGAGCUCUGAUGGGAACUUACAAGAUCUUAGGCGUUAUGUGGAUGCAUCAAUUGUUACCAAUGGUUUGAACCGGGCUUUCUCCACUGGUUCCUGGCGGCAUCCUUAUAAAUCAGAAAGGUGUUCAGGGGUUGUAGCAACCCUUCGGAGAGCAAAUCCACUUCAAAUGAUGUCUGACUUGAGGAAGACUCGACAGUGGUUUGCAUAUUCUGGAACAACUGGAGAUGCGAGAUAUCCGAAUCCAUCCUACUGGGGAAAAUUGUGUUUUUUGUCCACCCCUGAUGGUGAAAAAUGUGGAUUCGUGAAAAACCUUGCUGUUACUGCUAUGGUUAGCUCUGCAGUGAAGAAACAAGUGUGCAUUGAUACAUUUGUUUCUUGUGGAAUGAAGAAACUGGAUGAUAAAAUUCCUCUACAAGAUAUUUCUGGGAAAGACAGGAUUUUCUUGAAUGGGAACCUGCUUGGAGUGUGUGCAGACCCAGGCGAUUUGGUUUCACGUUUAAGAAGCUUGAGGCGUAGCAAACUAAUUGAGCCACAGGUUGAAAUCAAAAGGGAUAGGCACCACAAAGAAAUUCGUGUAUUUUCUGAUCCCGGGAGAAUUCUAAGACCACUUCUUGUAGUUGAAAAUCUAAGAAGAAUCACAAGACCCAAAGCUGGAUUGUACUCAUUUCAGGAACUUAUGCAUCAAAAUAUAAUUGAGCUGAUUGGUGUUGAAGAAGAGGAGGAUAUCCGAUGUGCUCCUGGAAUUAGGCAUCUAUUCACAAGGGAGAAAGAAGAGGGGCCUUCUGACUAUACUCAUUGUGAACUUGAUCCUUCUUUCUUGCUGGGGUUGAGUUGCAGUCUCAUUCCCUUUGCCAACCAUGAUAAUGCUAGGAGGGUUCUGAUGCAAGCAGAAAAAUUAUCGCAGCAGGCUAUUGGCUACUUGCCUACAAACUCACGCUCUAGAUUUGAUACCCUCUCACAAAUCUUCUAUCCACAGAGACCUUUGUUUAAAACUGUGGUGGCAGACUGUCUUGGAAAGCCAGACUACAGCUUUGGACGAAAAGGUGACUUUACUACACCAGAAUAUUUCAAUGGUCAAAACGCAAUAGUCUCCGUCAACGUUCAUCAGGGAUUUAACCAAGAAGAUUCUCUGGUUUUGAAUAGGGCCUCUCUAGAGCGUGGCAUGUUUCGUACACUACAUUUCAAGAGCUAUAAAGCCCAUGUCGAAAACAAAGAGAUCACCAGACGACUCAAACACAAGGAAAAGAUCAGUUUUGGUAAAGUGCAAAGCAAGAGGGGGAAGGUUGACAGUCUGGACAAUGAGGGUUUACCAUAUGUUGGAGCAAGUCUUCAAAGUGGUGACAUUGUCAUUGGGAAGGUCACAGAAUCCGGUGAAGAUCAUAGUCUUAAACUGAUGUAUACUGAGAAAGGGAUGGUAGAGAAGGUACUUCUCUCAGCAAAUGAUGAUGGGAUGAACUUUGCAACUGUUACUCUAAGACAGUCUCGUUCACCAUGCGUCGGAGACAAGUUUGCCAGCAUGCAUGGGCAGAAAGGAGUGGUUGGCCUAUUGGACUCUCAGGAGAACUUCCCAUUUACUUGCCAAGGGAUAGUUCCGGACAUCGUCAUAAACCCACAUGGCUUUCCAACUCGUCAAACUCCUGGCCAGUUGCUUGAAGCUGCUUUGGGGAAGGGGAUUGCCCUGGGUGGGAAGGUGAGAUAUGCGACACCGUUCACCACUCCAUCCGUGGACGUGAUCACUGAACAGUUACACAAGGCCGGUUUUUCAAUGUGGGGUGGAGAGAGCGUCCUGAACGGGCAGACCGGUGAGCGGAUGAAAUCACUGGUCUUCAUCGGGCCGACGUUCUACCAGAGGCUCAUCCACAUGUCCGAGGACAAGGUGAAGUUCCGCAACACAGGACCUGUGCACCCGCUCACGCGGCAGCCGGUGGAGGACAAGAAGCGGUUCGGUGGCGUCAAGUUUGGGGAGAUGGAGCGAGACUGCCUCCUUGGCCACGGUGCUGCUGCCAGCCUCCACGAGCGCCUGUUCAUGCUAAGCGACUUCUCACAGAUGCACAUCUGCCAGGCCUGCGAGCGCGUGGCCAACGUUAUCAUGCGCCCCGACGACUGUGGCAAGAAGGUGCACGGCCCCUACUGCCUCUUCUGCCGGUCCGCAGAGCGCAUCGUCCGAAUCAAUGUGCCUUAUGGAGCCAAGCUGCUGUACCAGGAGCUCUUCAGCAUGGGAAUCUGCCUCAAGUUUGAGACCGAGGUCCGCUAGAACGCCAUUGAUCAGUAUCAUAUCUCUUGAAACUGUAAAACUGCAUAUGUAAGCUUCGUUGCCUAGGAUAUUGUUGAUUCUAAAGUCGAUUGAAGUUGGAUCGUAUGUGGAUGGCUAAUGUUGAGACCUGCGCUUUCUUCAAAAAAAAAAAAUGUUGAGACC